GCCUUCCGUUGCAGCAGCCGCAGCAACUGGAACCCCCUCCCGACACGUUCCGGCUGUCGGGGCUGGAUCGCGACGAGCUCAACGGCGUCUACGAGCGCCGGGAGAUACGGGUUGCCAAUUCGCGAACCUGGUGGCGCCUCAGCGGCGACGCCUUCUUCUUUUACGAGCCCUCGCGGAUGGCCUUCCAGAUCUGCCCAGAG